CCAGUCGACCGUGCAACUCUGAUAGGCACCGCAAGCCCUCAACUCGUGGGGGCUGUCUGAAAUAAAAUAGGCUGCUUGGCCAAUCCCAGAGGCAGGCAAGCAGGAGGGGAGGCCGGCUCGAAGGUCAGGUUCCCCUCCUCCCCACUCGCUGCCUCGGUCUGGGAGAGGGCCUGUUGGCUCUGAUGCCCCGAAACCAGAGGCUGGAGCACGGGAAUAUGUGCCAAACGACGGAGUGAGGUGACGCCUUAUGAGAAAGGAAGGGACUUGCCCACGACGACACAGCUACUUAUUGGGAACCAUAUACUGAAGACAAUGUCUGGAAGCUUCUACUUUGUAAUUGUGGGCCCCCAUGAUAAUCCAGUUUUUGAAAUGGAAGUUUUGCCAGCUGGAAAAGCAGAAUCCAAAGAUGAUCAUCGUCAUCUGAACCAGUUCAUAAGUCAUGCUGCCCUCGACCUCAUAGAUGAGAAUAUGUGGCUGUCCAACAACAUGUACUUGAAAACUGUGGACAAGUUCAAUGAAUGGUUUGUUUCGGCGUUUGUUACUGCAGGUCAUAUGAGAUUUAUUAUGCUUCAUGACAUAAGGCAAGAAGAUGGAAUAAAGAACUUCUUUACUGAUGUCUAUGAUUUAUACAUAAAGUUUGCAAUGAACCCAUUUUAUGAACCCCAUUCUCCUAUUCGGUCAAGCACAUUUGACAGAAAAGUUCAGUUUCUUGGGAAGAAACACCUUUUAAGUUGAAUGCAGAAAAAUUUGGAAAUAAACAAUGUUACUACAAUGGGGUAUUCUCAGGAAUGUAUAUAUUGUAAGUAACUUGACUAAAUAGCCUGGAAAAGUUUUACUUAGAGUCUAAAUUUAUCUGAACCUGAUGAAAUUCCUUGUAUUAUUUCAAAACAGUACAUUCAGUUUCUUAACGAUUAUCAACAGAUCAGUAUUUGCUUGUGAACAGUGUUAUUUAUAAACUCUUUAUAUAUAAACUCUUGAAAAUAUCUUUAUUCUAAAAAUUAAGAAUGAGCUUUUGAUUUUACUCAGAUAGCUUUAUCUUGAUGUCACGAUUCAGAACUAAAUGUCAUGGUCAAGAUUUUGGUAGACAGAUUGAAAACUGGAAGUUUCUGCAGUAGGGAAUGAAGUUGAUAGCAAGUACAUGGGCUUCUGCACAUCUAUAGAUAUUGUUAUAAAACCAUGUAGGCAGUAUACACAGCACUCCCCAAGAAGCCGGAGCAAACAGCGUUUGCAGUGCCAAAUGCCACAGGCCCGCCUCUGUCAAAGUGAUUCUGCUAUAAAUCCAGAAUCCUGGAUCCAUGUUUGUAAAAUGGGAGGCUGGGACCAAAGUGACAUUUUAUCUUCUUAUAUUGCCUUUCCCUCCAACAGUAAACCAAAGUAAGUGAGCCUGUUGAUAGUUAUACUAUUACUAAGAAGUUGUAAUUCUGGAAUCGUAAACAAAGAAAAGUUUAUAUUACAUUAACAUUUGCAUUCUUAGCUUUUUUGGGUUGUACACCAAGGGGGUGGGGAGUGGUCUGUAAUAAGUGGGAUCUUACUGUAAACUAGUAAAUGUCCAUUUAGAAACAAGUACUAUAACCAGAUAUUUUCUGUGCUAAUUGUGAGCACUUAAUUUUGUUCCAUCCUGAAUAACUUGAGUAAGUAAUUCUGUUUGGUCUCAUACCCUUGUGUGAAGUUGCUACCAUACUUUUUUACCCCAUCUAUUUAUUUGAUCUCAUAAAUAAACAGGUUCGUCCAAAAAAAAUUGCCUAUUUUUCCUAUAUUAUGAUAUAUAUUGGCAUAAAGUUGUAAUAACGCUCCUUUCUUAGUCUAAUUAAUGUCUGUAGACUCUGUAGUAACGUUACCACUUUCAUUCCUGAUAUUGGU